AUGGUUGACUGGUCCUCCGGUGUGUUCUGUGUCCAGCUGCUCCACAUGAAGAGUAACAAAUACCUGACGGUGAACAAACGUCUGCCGGCGCUGCUGGAGAAGAACGCCAUGCGCGUCACGCUGGACGCCACGGGGAACGAAGGCUCCUGGCUCUUCAUCCAGCCCUUCUGGAAGCUCCGCGCCAACGGAGACAACGUGGUGGUCGGAGAUAAAGUCAUCCUGAAUCCGGUAAACGCCGGUCAGCCGCUGCACGCCUCCAACUACGAGCUGAGCGACCAUCCGGGGUGUAAAGAGGUGAACUCUGUGAACUGCAACACCAGCUGGAAGAUCAACCUGUUCAUGAUGUUCAGUGACCACCGGGAGGAGGUCCUCAAAGGAGGCGAUGUUGUGCGUUUGUUCCACGCUGAGCAGGAGAAGUUUCUGACCUGUGACGAGUACAAAAGUAAACUACACGUUUUCCUGCGAACGACACUGAGGCAGUCGGCGACGUCUGCGACCAGCUCCAACGCUCUGUGGGAGGUCGAGGUUGUCCAUCAUGACCCGUGUCGUGGGGGGGCGGGGCACUGGAACAGUCUGUACCGGUUCAAACACCUGGCCACGGGGAACUACCUGGCUGCAGAGGAGAACCCGGGGUACAAAGGAGACAACCUGGAGCUGUCGGCCUCGACGGACGGGGGCCGCAGCAACAAGCGCUCUCAGGGUGAACGGAUCAAGUACAAGCUGGUGGUGGUGCCUCACGGGAACGACAUCGCCUCGCUGUUCGAGCUCGACUCCACCACGCUGCAGAAGAACGACUCCUUCGUGCCGCGAAACUCGUUUGUUCGACUGAGACACCUGUGCACGAACACGUGGAUCCAGAGCACGAACGUUCCCAUCGAUAUCGACGAAGAACGACCCAUCAGACUCAUGUUGGGGACGUGUGCCACAAAAGAAGACAAGGAGGCGUUCGCCAUCGUCUCGGUUCCGGUCAUGGAGAUCCGGGAUCUGGACUUCGCCAACGAUGCCAGCGCCAUGCUGAGCACCAUGGUGGACCAGUUCAGCUCGGGCUUCAUCAGCCAGAACGACCGAAAGUUCGCCAUCAAGCUGCUGGAGGACGUGGUUUUCUUCGUGGCCGACGUCAUUAACAGCGGCCAGCCGGUUCUGGACAUCAUCAUGACCAAACCCAACCGAGAGCGUCAGAAACUGAUGAGAGAACAGAACAUCCUCAAACAGAUCUUUGGCAUCCUGAAGGCCCCCUUUAAGGACCGAGGAGGCGGCGAGGGACCUCUGCUGUGUCUGGAGGAGCUGGCGGACCAGAAGAACGCUCCGUUCCAGUACAUGCUGAGACUCUGCUACAGAGUCCUGAGACACUCGCAGGACGACUACCGCAAGAACCAGGAGCACAUCGCCAAGCAGUUCGGCGUGAUGCAGAGUCAGAUCGGUUACGACAUCCUGGCCGAAGACACGAUCACCGCUCUGCUGCACAACAACCGCAAACUGCUGGAGAAGCACAUCACCAAGACCGAGGUGGAGACCUUCGUCAGCCUGGUCCGAAAGAACCGGGAGCCCAGGUUUCUGGACUACCUGUCAGACCUGUGCGUGUCCAACAACGUGGCCAUCCCCGUCACGCAGGAGCUCAUCUGUAAAUGUGUGCUGGAACCCAAAAACCAGGACAUCCUCAUCAAAACCGAGCGCCGCGUGUCCAAAGAUGCUCACUCUGGUGGCGAUCAGGGAGACUACAUUGGGAUGGACGACUAUGGAGACGAAGACGAGGUGUGGCUGGUCUGGACUGAUAAGACCAACGAGAAACAGGAGAAGAGCAUCAGGCAGCUGGCCCAGGAGGCAAGACAAGGAAACGCUCACGAUGAGAACGUCCUCACCUACUACAGGUACCAGCUGAAGCUCUUCGCCCGCAUGUGUCUGGACCGUCAGUACCUGGCCAUCGAUGAGAUCUCCAAGCAGCUGGACGUGGAGCUCAUCUUCCUCUGCAUGAUGGACGAGACGCUGCCCUUUGACCUGCGGGCAUCUUUCUGUCGCCUCAUGCUGCAUGCCCACGUGGACCGCGACCCCCAGGAGCUGGUGACCCCUGUCAAGUUCGCUCGCCUGUGGACCGAGAUCCCCACUUCCAUCACCAUCAAAGAUUAUGAUUCCAACUUGAACGACAGCAGAGACAACAAGAAGAACCGUUUCGCCAACACCAUGGUGUUCAUGGAGGAGUAUCUGAACAACGUUCUCAACGACGAGCUGCCGUUCCACAACGAGGAGAAAAACAAACUCACAUACGAGGUGGUGAGUUUGGCCAGACAUCUGAUCUAUUUUGGGUUCUACAGUUUCUUUGAGCUUCUCAGGCUCACCAGGACUCUGCUGGGGAUUAUCGACUGUCGGCCCAACCCUGCGCAUGGCAGCCUUGUGUUCCACGAGGAGGGAUCAGGGAAGAAUGUGAAGCGCUCCAUACACGGGAUGGGCCAGAUCAUGUCCACUAUGGUCCUCAACAGGAAGCAGUCCAUAUUUGGAGGCGGAGGAGCCAGAGGGGCGGGGCUUGGGGCGGGAUUUGCGCUUGAAGGACAGAGAGGCAGUAAAGACAGUCUUGACAAGAUGGACCUGACAGUGAUGGACACCAAACUGAAGAUCCUAGAAAUUUUACAGUUCAUCCUGAACGUCCGUCUGGAUUACCGCCUCUCCUUCCUGCUGUCCGUCUUUAAGAAGGAGUUUGUGGACGUUUAUCCUAUGGCUGAAGCCGACGCCACGACUAACACGGAGCAGGCCGCCACCAUCAACCUGCAGCACAUUGGAGAGCAGGCGGAGGCCAUGUUUGGAGUCGGGAAGGGGAACAGCAUCCUGGAGGUGGACGAUGAAGGGGGUCGAAUGUUCCUGCGGGUUCUGAUCCACCUGACGAUGCAUGACUACGCCCCCCUGGUGUCCGGAGCGCUGCAGCUGCUCUUCAGACACUUCAGCCAGAGACAGGAAGUGCUGCACACCUUCAAACAGGUCCAGCUGCUGAUCACGGGUCAGGACGUGGACAACUACAAGCUGAUCAAGGCGGACCUGGACCGGCUCCGGACCCUGGUGGAGAAGUCUGAACUGUGGGUGGAGAAGAAGAACUCAGGUGGAGGAGAUGGAAAGAAGGACAAGAAGGAGGGGGGGGCAGAGAGUACGUCGCCAAAGGAGAAGCUGGAAAAAGGUAACGAGAGCUACCAGAACGUCAAGGAGAUCCUGGAGCGGCUGAAUAAAAUGUGCAGCAGUGGAGCUUACAGGAAGCAGCAGAGGCUGCUGAAGAACAUGGGGGCUCAUAAAGUCAUGCUGGACCUGCUUCAAGUCUCCUACGACAAGAACGACGUGAAGAUGCAGGAGAUCAUCAGGCACGCUCACCUGUUCCUGCAGAAGUUCUGCACGGGGAACCAGGAGAACCAGGCUCUGCUGCACAAGAACCUGGCCCUGUUCCUGAACCCUGGGCUGCUGGAGGCGGAGACGGUGCAGCACAUCUUCUGCAACAACUACCAGCUGUGCAGCGAGAUCUCCGAGAGCGUCCUGCAGCACUUCAUCCACUGCCUGGCCACGCACGGGCGCCACGUCCAGUACCUCAACUUCCUGCACACCAUCAUCAAGGCCGAGGGCAAGUACGUGAAGAAGUGCCAGGACAUGAUCAUGACGGAGUUGACGAACGCCGGUGAGGACGUAGUUGUCUUUUACAACGAUAAAACUUCUUUCAACGUCAUGUUGGAGCUGAUGGCCGAGAGCAGGGAGGGAGUUGGAGAGAACAGCCCGCUCAGGUACCACAUCUCUCUGGUGGAGCUGCUGGCUGCCUGCGCCGAGGGGAAGAACGUCUACACGGAGAUCAAAUGCACGUCUCUGCUGCCGCUGGAGGACGUGGUCCGAGUGGUGACGCACGAGGACUGCAUCACAGAGGUGAAGGUCGCCUACGUGAACUUCGUGAACCACUGCUACGUGGACACAGAGGUGGAGAUGAAGGAAAUCUACACGUCCAACCACAUCUGGAAGCUGUUCGAGGACUUCACCGUGGACAUGGCUCGGGUUUGUAAUAAACGAGAGAAGCGACUCACCGAUCCGACCCUGGAGAAGUACAUCAUCAACGUGGUGUUUGACACCGUCAACGCCUUCUUCAGCUCUCCUUUCUCUGAGAACAGCACGUCUCUGCAGACCCAUCACACCAUCGUGACGCAGCUCCUCCAGUCUUCCGUCAGACUCUUGGACUGUCCCUGGCUGCAGACGCAGCACAGAGGACAGGUGGAGGUCUGCAUCAAGACGCUCGCUAUGACAGCCAAGGCCCGGUCCAUCUCGCUCCCUCUGGAGCUGGAGGCUCAGAUCAACAACGUUCUGUCCAGCUCCGCUCUGAAUUCUCAGAGCCGCUCCAACCCCAACGCCAAGUCCCUGUCCCGCUCCACCAGACCCAUGGCACCUAGCAACCCCUGGGACUACAAGAACAUCAUCGAGAAGCUGCAGGACAUCAUCAACACUCUGGAGGAGCGUCUGAAGCCGCUGGUGAACGCCGAGCUGUCCGUGUUGGUCGACGUCCUCCAUCAGCCCGAGCUGCUCUUCCUGGAGGGAACAGACGCCCGGCAGCGCUGCGAGUCCGGAGGUUUCAUCUCCAAGUUGAUCCAGCACACGAAGGCUCUGAUGUCCUCGGAGGAGAAGCUGUGCAUCAAAGUCCUGAGGACGCUGCAGGAGAUGCUCAUCAGGACGCUGGACUUUGAUGAAAAGGGGAUUUCUCUUCGUAAAGUUUUGCUGCAGAACUAUUUGUUCCCGAACAAGAAGAACAACCAGAAGAACGACCUGGCUGAACUCGGAGCUGCAGGCGGCGAGCAGGAGCGGGACUGGGCUGCGGUGGCCGCCAUUCAGUGCCGUCUGGACCGAGAAGGAGGAACAAAGCUGUUCACAGAUCUGGUGAUGAGCACCAAGAACGACAAGAUCUUCCAGGAGAGCAUCCAGCUGGCCAUCUGUCUGCUGGAGGGAGGGAACACCGAGAUCCAGAACUCCUUCUACAAGCUGAUGAUGGGCGACAACAAGUCGGAGAAGUUCUUCAAAGUUCUUGACGACAGGAUGAAGGAGGCUCAGAUGGACAUCAAGGCAACGGUUUCUGUGAACGUCAACGAGAUGACCCACAAAGCCAACGAGAAGGAGCUGGAGCACGGUGGUUCCACAACACUGGUACUUCCUGGUUCAGGAGGUCACCCUCUGUUGGUCCAGGGUCAGUCCAUCGCCACGGUAACCGGCGCCUCUGCCCUGCCGGUUCAGCCAGACGCCGAGCAGCAGGAGGUGGAGACGGAGAUGGGCCCAGCCGUCACCAUCAUGAAGCCGAUCCUGAGGUUCCUGCAGCUGCUGUGUGAGAACCACAACCAGGACCUGCAGAACUUUCUGCGUGUCCAGAACAAUAAGGCCAACUACAACCUGGUGUGUGAGACUCUGCAGUUCCUGGACAUCAUGUGUGGCAGCACCACGGGCGGACUGGGCCUGCUGGGCCUCUACAUCAACGAGUCCAACGUCCACCUCAUCAUCCAGACCCUGGAGACCCUCACAGAGUACUGCCAGGGGCCGUGCCAGGAGAACCAGACGUGCAUCGUGACCCACGAGUCCAACGGCAUCGACAUCAUCACGGCUCUGAUCCUGAACGACAUCAGCCCUCUGUGUCACUACCGCAUGGAGAUGGUUCUGCAGCUGAAGGACAACGCCUCCAAGCUGCUGCUGGCUCUGAUGGAGAGUCGCCACGACAGCGAGAACGCCGAGCGGAUCCUCUUCAACCUGCGGCCGCGGGAGCUGGUGGAGGUGAUAAAGAAGGCCUACCAUCAGGAGAGCGAGUGUGAGGACGUGGAGGUGGAGGUGUCUCCUCGGGAGGUGGGACACAACAUCUACAUCCUGGCUCAGCAGCUGGCGAGACACAACAAAGUCCUCCAGAACCUCCUGAAGCCUCUGAAGAAGAACCAGGAAGGAGAGGAGGGCAUCUCCUCCAUGCUGAACCUGAACAACCGGCCUCUGUCCCAGAUGCUGAAGUCCUCUGUUCCGGCUGACGUGGUGGAGCAGGACCCUCUGGAGCACUACAGCCAGCUCACCGCACAGAUAGAG